AUGGGGGCGCCCCCGGGCUACCGGCCCUCGGCUUGGGUGCAUCUUCUCCACCAGCUGCCUCGCGCCGACUUCCAGCUCCGCCCGGUGCCUAGCGGUUUCGCGCCCCAAGAGCAGGAAUACCAGCAGGCCCUGCUGCUGGUGGCGGCCUUGGCGGGCCUGGGCUUGGGCCUGAGCCUCAUUUUCAUCACUGUCUACCUCAUCCGCUUCUGCUGCUGCCGGCCCCUUGAACCCCCAGGGUCCAAGAGCCCCCCACCCGGGGGAGGCUGUGUCACCUGGAGCUGCAUUGCUGCCCUCCUCGUCGGCUGCGCCGGCAUUGGCAUCGGUUUCUAUGGCAACAGCGAGACCAGCGAUGGGGUGUCCCAGCUCAGCUCCGCUCUACUGCAUGCCAAUCACACGCUCAGCGCCAUUGACCACCUGGUGUUGGAGACGGUGGAGAGUCUGGGGGAGGCAGUGAGGACAGAGCUGACCACCCUGGAGGAGGUGCUUGCACAGCGAACGGAGCUGGUGGCUGCAGCCCGGGGGGCUCGGCGACAGGCAGAGGCUGUGGCCCAGCAGCUGCAGGGGCUGGCCUUCUGGCAGGGUGUGCCCCUGAGCCCCUUGCAGGUGGCUGAAGAUGUGUCCUUCGUGGAGGAGUACAGGUGGCUGGCCUACGUCCUUCUGCUGCUCCUGGAGCUGCUCGUCUGCCUUUUCACCCUCCUGGGCCUGGCAAAGCAGAGCAAGUGGCUGGUGAUAGUGAUGACCGUGAUGAGUCUCCUGGUUCUUGUCCUGAGUUGGGGAUCCAUGGGCCUGGAGGCAGCUACAGCUGUGGGCCUCAGUGAUUUCUGCUCCAGUCCAGACACCUACAUCCUGAACCUGACCCAGGAGGAGACGGGGCUUGGCUCAGACAUCCUGAACUAUUAUUUCCUCUGCAACCAGGCCGUCUCCAACCCCUUUCAACAGAGGCUGACUCUGUCCCAGCGAGCUCUGGCCAACAUCCACUCCCAGCUCCAGGGCCUGCAGCGAGAAGCUGUCCCUCAGUUCCCCUCAGCGCAGAAGUCUCUGUUGUCCUUGGAGGAGACGCUGAAUGUGACAGAAGGAAACUUCCACCAGUUGGUGGCACUGCUGCACUGCCGCAGCCUGCACAAGGACUAUAGCGCAGCCCUGCGGGGCCUGUGUGAAGAUGCUCUGGAAGGUUUGCUCUUCCUGCUGCUCUUCUCUCUGCUGUCUGCGGGGGCCCUGGCCACCGCCCUCUGCAGCCUGCCCCGCGCCUGGGCCCUCUUCCCGCCCAGGAAUCCAAGCGCUUUGUACAGUGGCAGUCGUCUAUCUGAGCCCCUCCUCCCUGCCAGACUGGAGCCUGCCUCCCCACUUUGUUCCUUCCCUGGCUGCCGGAGGAGACCCCACUAA